CAAAAGGAAAUCGACGUAAAUAAAUGGAUGACGUGAUUGAGUCUAGUCCAAAUUAUAAAGUGAAAAUUGUUCACAAACGCCAAAUACGGUCACAAAAAUAUUUAAAAAUUCGUAAAAAAGAAAUUAAGAGUCAGAAUUUCGCAGCAACUUCGGAUGAAUUAUCAGCACUGGGCUGCAGUGUGAUACCAGAAGAGCCGAUUGAGAUACGGGACAACGAAGAAAGUGAUAUUGAAACCAUAAAUGAAACUCCAGAUUGUUCGAAAUUGAUCUCAAAAGACAAUGAGGUAAGCCUCAAUGAAUCAAUUAUUUCGAAUAAUCUGGAAAUUCAAUCAACCAAAGAUUCUUCAGAUAAAUCUUCGGAAUCAGAUUGCAUAGUAAUAAAUGAAAACGUUAAUGUCGAAAUGCCUCCAUUACAAUUCAAACAACCAAAAAAUAAAUUGUUCUAUGACGUUUUUCCACUAAAUAUAUUUGAGACACAAGACCAGGAAGCGGAGCAAGAUGAUGAAGAGGACAGUUUGGUGCUUCCUCAAAUGAUCUCGAAGAUAUCUGUCAAAGCUUCCGACAUGCCAAUAAAGAAAUGCGAUUUCUAUGAAAAUCUUCGCUUUAUUCAAAAAGGCAUUGCUGGUCAAAAAAUUAAUAAAAACACAGACGAACUUCCAUUGCAUUUGAUAAAAACCUUAGAAGGACAUUCUGAGCAGAAAGAAACGUUGGAAAUUGAGGACCCCGCUUAUGAAAGCCAAAUUGAACUUUUUUGUGAUGAAUUUUACGGAGGAUUAGGACCCACAACUGAAAGACUGAGAAACCCUUCGCCAAAAUUUGCUCGAUGGACAAUUUUUUCUAAGGAAAAUCGAUGGAAAAGAUUUUGCAAACGUCAAGAAUUCAAAAAUGUCUACGGAAAAACAUUUCCCACUAUGUAUCAGAAUAUUCUAAGUCAAUAUCCCCCAUUUCAACAUCAAAAGUUAGAUAAAAGCAAGUUCCAUGGAGAACAUCUACCGAUGCAAGUUCAAAAAAUUGUGGAAGAUUUUGAAGAGCUAGAAGGACCCGACAAAUCUCCGAGCUGUUCCCCCAUUCGAUUGAGCUUAAAAAAGCCGCAAGUGGUGUAUAAAAAUACCAAAGAGAAGAGAAAUCUUGAAUUCAAUGAAGAAAUGGACUAUUCCGAUCAUUCAGAGUGUGAUAUCGAGGACGUCACACCUUUCAUUUAUCACGAAAACUUAAAUAUGCCAACUGAGUUAGAUUUUAGUCGAGAAUCAAAUAUUCUAUUGGAGCUCAGUGGACUCACUCAAAAGUUGAUGGAAAACAGUCAGAAUGUCAAUCAAAGUUUAACUAGUCCAAAUCGAAGUCUAUUGAAGCCACCUGAUGAUUUUGGUCCAGAAUCUAGUCCCAGCAGUGGAACUCCAAGCAGUCAAAAAUCUCUUCAUUUAUCAAACUUUGGAAGCCAAGAAAAAUGGAAUGAUGAAUACUUUGUGAAUACUCGAACUGUUGAUACUGCCACCAGUCCAAUAAAGCUUGAGAUUCUUCCUACUACUCGAACAAUAGCCACAAGUCCAUUUAAGUUUGAAUUUGAUUCGUCAAAAUUUAUUGAAACGGAAGAAGUGAAACCAAAACCAUCAGCGUCUACUGGAUUUGGUCUAAGUAGUGAAAAAAUUGGACAAAUAGCUAAACCAAACAAUUUUGUUGAAGAAUUUCGUAAAACCAGCAAUUCUCUUCAAGGGCUUUGGACUGGCUAG